GAUUACUUGUAUCUCCAAUUUAACACAUUCUUCAGCCUCAAUUUCCCAAAAGGCAGUGCGGUUAGCGUCACCGUGUUGUUGCGGAAGUGCCGGUCGGGAAACGCUGUGCUAGUGAUUCUGUACGCUGACAGGUGCAUUCAUCCUUCAGAGCAGAUAUUCUUCACUGGUUUUGUGUUGGUAGCGCCGUCGUUUACGUCAAAUAAAAGCGUGAGUGAUGGCAGCUCUCAAAUACGCAGGUAUGGACGAUACAGACAGUGAGGACGAGUUACCUCCCGGAUGGGAAGAGAGAUCUACCAAAGAUGGUUGGGUCUACUAUGCAAACCAUGAUGAGAUGAAGACACAGUGGGAACACCCCAAGACAGGAAAGAAAAAACGUUGUGCUGGAGAUUUACCGUACGGUUGGGAGCAAGAAACAGAUGAAAAAGGACAGAUAAUUUAUGUUGAUCACAUUAACAAGCGGAACACAUACUUUGACCCGCGGCAGGCAUUUACAGUAGAGGAUGUAUUAGUGAAGCCAAAGCGGUACGAUGGAAACACUGCUGCUCUGGAGAUCCUGCAGGGUCGAGAUUUAUCCGACAAGGUUGUCCUCAUCACUGGAGGCAACUCUGGCAUUGGCUUUGAGACAGCGAGGUCUUUUGCUCUUCAUGGCGCCCACGUGAUCCUGGCAUGUAGAAACCUGUCCCGGGCUGGCAAGGCAGUUAACCUCAUUCAGCAGGAGUGGCACAAAGCAAGAGUAGAAGCCAUGAUGUGCGACCUGGCCUCUCUCCGCAGUGUCAAGGAGUUUGCUGAGUCUUACAAGGCAAAGAAACUGCCCAUUCACAUUCUGGUGUGUAAUGCAGCAGUGUGCACUCAGCCCUGGAGCUUGACGGAGGAUGGCCUGGAGUCCACCUUCCAGAUCUGCCAUCUAGGUCACUUCCUGCUCGUACAGUGCCUACAGGACGUGCUGCGCCGCUCGGCCCCCGCCCGUGUUGUGGUGGUAUCUUCCGAGUCCCACAGGUUCACAGACCUGUUAGACUCAUGUGCCAAGGUGGACUUGGCCCUGCUGUCUCCUCCAAAGAAGGAGUACUGGUCCAUGCUGGCUUACAAUCGGGCCAAACUCUGCAACAUCCUCUUCAGCAAUGAGCUCCACCGCCGCCUCUCACCUCACGGUGUCACCUCCAGUGCAGUGCAUCCUGGGAACCUGAUGUACACCUCCAUACACCGGAGCUGGUGGCUGAUGACCUUUCUCUUCACUCUGGCCAGACCUUUCACCAAGUCUAUGCAACAGGGUGCGGCCACCACGGUGUACUGUGCCGUAGCUCCGGAGCUGGAGGGGUUAGGCGGCAUGUACUUCAACAACUGCUUCCGCUGCCAGCCGUCCAGCCAGGCCCUGGACCAGAGCAGCGCUGCCAGCCUGUGGGAGCUGAGUGAGCGCCUGGUCGCAGAGAGGUCAGCAGGUAUACAGGCCCUCUGAUGAACAGAGGAGGAGGUGCACUAGCCAAACAGGAAGUAAAGAGGAAGGAUGGUGUGUCACAGAGAUGUCCAUGUAGGUAUGACUGGAAUAAAAGGUAACUGUCCUCUGACUGCACAUUACAAGAGCUGCCAAACCACGGAAGUCCAUCUGGAUUUGUCACGUCACUACGGGGGCUAAAAACACACUACAUACACAGUACAGGAGGGGUUCAUAUACACUCUAUUGAAUAAAUUAAAGUUUGAGUUGUGUUCAGCUCCACUGUGGUAGUUUACAAUGGGAGGGAGGGGACGGGAGAAGAUUUGGGAGGAAUUCAGGGAUCUCUUUAAGUUUGUCUGUUUUUAUAACUCUCUGAAGUCUUCUCCAUUUCACGACUGUCUAUUUAAAAGAGCAAAGUUCAAAGAAGCAGAUGACCUGUGUUGCUAACAGUACAGGGUUACCUAUUAAGCAUACACUCUAUGGCAUAUGCAUCUGUUCCCAGCAAUAGUGUACUAUAUGGCAAAUAUUGUGUCUUCCCAAUUUAAUUCAGUGUCCUCUUGUCUAGUUCUACAUAGAUGUGGAUGUUUCCUAUUGAGAUACAGAGAGUUGGUUAAUCGUUGUGCUAAAUCUUUUUGGGCAUAGAAGAAAUAAGGAGUAAUGGGCAUGUGACACUCAUGGGUAUAUAAACACACUAGAAGUAUGAUUCUUAUGGCUAUAUACAUUAUUCUGCAAUAAUUUUAUUUCUUAUCAAUGUCCCUAUUAGUUUUCUGUACAGUAUUUACAAUAUCCUGAUUUCUGGGUAUGUGCUAAAGGGGUAUGGACAUCAUAUUUUUUUCUGUUUGCUAUUUGACUCAACCUACACAUUGAUAAUCUAUACUCUGGUAAAUCUAAAUUACAAUUUGGAGGUAUUUGUUGGGUGAUCCGUGUCCAUUUGAAUAGCAAAUACAGAUGGUGGUGAAUCUUAUUUCCAGAGUCCAGGACCUUUAAUUUCUGUAUCUUCCCUUGUUGUUGGAGUAGAAGAAUGUGAGCGAUUUCAGUCCCAUGUAUUUUUUUUUGUUUGUUUGUUUUAUCAUCAUUGUUUUAUUAUUGAACUCUGGCUUUGGGUUUGCUGUGGAUUGGGUGCCCUGAAGCCGCUGUUGGGACGCUUUUGAGACAUUGUGCUUUAUGGCAGUCUGGGUGCCGUAGGUCGCUCUUGAAACAUCAGCAUUCCAGUGUCAUGAUAUCUGUAAGAAAAACAAAUGAGAGAGAACAUUUAAUAAA